GUGAAGGCUGGAUCAACCUGCAGGUAUGCAACAGGAGCCAGUAACCUAAAACUAGAGAGCAGGAGAAUUUACAUUAUCACAUGGAAUCAUUUCAUCCUGUAGCUGAAUGCAGGCAGACUGACUGACAUCGUCGAGCUGUCGACUGCAAAGAUGGAGGGUAAAACCAUAUUUUUACAUCAGAAAGGUGUGUUUAUGAUGUGUAGCUAACAUAGGAAUAAUUUACAUGAAACUGUUGCACAUAACAAACCCUGUCAAUCACUCCGAAACGUAUUUGAGUGAAUCUGUGGAGAUGCUCUGGAAACCAGACUGGGGUGGGAGGUUAAUGAGAGGGAUUGUGAGGAUCAGCGGAGGACAGCGCUGGCUUAACUAUGUGAUGGCUCCUUUCAAAGCUCAUCCUUAACUUGUCGUGACUUGAAGUUGUGCCUCGGGUUGUAAUUUACUCUUUCAUAUAUUUCCUGUCACUGGUUUAGGUGAAAAUAAGGCAGUGUUUGUUGUGUCUGUAUGAAGUAACGGUGGCUCAGUGGGCAGCGGGGCCUCUUUGAGGAAGAACACACACACUAAACUGUGCUGUCAAAACAGAAAAUUGAAAAAAACUAAAAAGAGGAUUUGAAGUGUUCUGUAAUAUCUCCAAACAACAAUCACCUGCUACUUUGUCAGUACAUGACAUUUAACAUCACAUCACAGUCUCGCACAUUAUUUUCAGCCUGAAUCUGCGAUGCAAUCUAAAAAUAUUUUGUCAGACAAAAGUCUGUUAUGCUCAGGAAGAGUGUCUUUUAACAAGGUGGAGGGCAAUGAGAGCACAGCUUUCAUGCUGAGAAGAAAGUGGGAAGGCAAACAGAUAAGAAGAGUGUGUGUGUGUGUGUGUGGGGGGGGGCUUGUUUGUCCUAACAUAAGAAAGUUCCCAUUAUUCAAAUCAUUGGAUUUUAAGUUUAAGAAAUGUUUAAGGGGUAAGGGUAAUGUUAAGGUUUAGGUUAGGGUUCAGUUAGGUCAAGGUGUAGGUUAAGUUUAAGUAAGGUUAAGAUUAGGUUAAGGAUAGGUUAAUGUUAAAGUGUGUGUGUGUGUGUGUCAAGGUGGGAUUUAACCCCUACAAGCACAGAGAAUUGGUUCAGUCAUCAUGACAGGGUGUUUAGGUAUGUUAAUAGCAUCUGAUGAGGCCAGAGACCACAUAAACCGUUGUUGUUGUGUGUGUGUGUGUGCGCGUGGAUGUGUGUGCUGGCAACCUCGACUCAAAUAAUCGGAAGGGUAUCACUUGCAUCCUGUUGCUGUAUUGUUUCCAUAGUGACAGCCAAUUGUCUUGAAGACACUUCACCUCCCAGGGGAUACCCUAAGUGUGUGUUUGUAUGCUUGUGUGUGUGUGUGUUUCCACUGACCUUUCUAAUAAUGUUAAUUCUCCAUCGCACUGUCAUUCAUAUGAGACUCAUCACCAUCAAUUAUACAGCAAACAGACAGAGCGUAGGCCAAGACGAAUUUAAAUACACUGACAGGCUGCGGUUAAAUGACGCCAUGAGUAUUCAAUGCUCUCUCUCUCUGUCUCUCUCUGUCUGUCUGUCUGUCUGUCUGUCUGUCUGUCUGUCUGUCUGUCUCUCUCUCUCUCUCUCUCUCUCUCUCUCUCUCUGUCUCUCUCUGUAUGUCUCUCUCUCUCUGUCUCUCUCUCUCGCUCUCUCGGACCCCUGGCCGUUAGAGAGGACUGCGUUUAAGCUUCAAAGACCAUGAUUCGUGUUAAGAGACACACACAUAGACACACACGAUAGAAACUGACACACAGAGCAUGAAUCUAGCAGCAGUGUUUGGUUUCUAUGUGUGUUUCCCCACAGAGCUCCACCUUCCCAUGACAGCACUGCAGGACCAGACAGAGGAGGAGCAGCCACCCACUGUCAAGAAUCCCUCCAACGGAAACGUGGCAGAUAAAACCGGCCGCUACGACAUCGGAGAGCUAGCCACUUCCUCUUUGAUCGGUCUGGUGGCCACGAUAAAGGACCAUAUCACCAAGCCGACAGCAAUGGCUCAGGGGCGAGUCGCUCACCUGAUUGAGUGGAAAGGUUGGGGCGGAGGCGGCGAGGCCGGGGGACGUGGAGGCGGCUGGGCAUGUGGGAAAGGAGGAGGAGGCUGGGGGGCUGAGCUGCAGGAGGAUGAACAAUUCUACUCUCAAAUGACGGACGAAAUCAAGGAGGCUCGCUUCGCUGCAGGAGUGGCGGAGCAGUUUGCCCUGGCUGAGGCGUCUAUGCAUGUGUGGUCACUGAACGACAACAUAGAUGAGCCCUCCACCAGCUUACAAGCAGCACCGAGCCACUUCUUGUCCCAGUUCCUGCUGGACGGAGGCAGCAUCGGCAUUCCCCAGCACCUGUACAGCAUCCACACCCCGGCUUACGGCAACAGCAGGGCAGCCAACCUGGUCCCCCUGCCACAGGUCGACCCAAUCUCCCCAACAUCAGCCACUCAGCAGGACAAAGAUCACCACCCUUUUGAGGACAGAAGCACUGUGACUGCAGAAGCUGCUGUCCGACACGUGGACAGCAGUUCGCUAUCCGAGGACGAUGUCUUUUAUAACUAGCAGGAAAACAAACCGGCAAUCUCGCUGGCAAACUCUGAAAUGAUCCUCACUGAGAGGUCUCACCACCACAGUGACGGACGCAGAAAGUAACUAAAGACAUCUGUGAGCUAUAUGCAGAGGAAAUGAAAGAUUUCUAGAGCCUGGUCUUCAGAUAUUAAGACUCUCAACUCUGUGAAUGUGUACAGUUCUACUGUUACAUUUUAAUUUUCUAUUCAUUGUACAUAUCAUAUGUUGGACUGAACAGUGAAGAGUCAAACAGUACUGGUGUAAAUAUGUCACAUAUUGUUAUAAAAUAUAAAUUUGAAUACA